UGAAGCGUUCACGUUCUGUUCGCGCUAUGAUUCAAACUCAAGGUUGAUCAGCGCUUGCAGCAGUCUUUGCCUGAACCAUAUUCGUAAACAACUCGAGAACACCGGUCUUGACAACGACAGUGACGCUCUCUCGUCCUUACAGGACAUAAAUUCGAGAUAAUUCUCAAUAAAAACCAUGGAACAGUAACAUUACCUCUGAAUACAUACACAUUUUGCGACGAAGCAAAGAUGCUGUUUGUAUUGACUUUGGUAAUAUUUAAGACUGUCCUCUCGAUCUCAUGUGCCGAAGAUGUCCAAGUGGACCCCAACGGUUAUGUCAUGUAUUGCCCUUGCAUGGGCCGCUUUGGCAACCAAGCUGAUCACUUUUUGGGUGCCCUUGGGUUCGCCCAUGGUCUCAACCGAACGCUUGUCCUGCCUCCGUGGGUUGAAUACAGACCGAGUGACGUGAAAUCGCACCAAGUGCCGUUUAACUUUUACUUCGAUGUGAAGCCUUUGGAAGAGUUUCACCGGGUCAUCACUAUGGAAAAAUUUAUGGAGGAGUUGGCACCGACUAUUUGGCCCCCGGAAAAGAGAAUAUCAUUUUGCUACAUGUCGCGAAACAGCAUCUUGAAUAAGGGUGGCCAAAAAGAGGCUGACAAAGGCUGCAACGCCAAAGAUGGAAAUCCUUUUGGGCCAUUCUGGGAUACUUUCAAAAUUGACUUUGUUGGCUCCGAAAUGUACGCACCUCUGCACUUCGAUGUGCACCACGGCAACGCGGGAGCGAAAUGGCUGAAAAAAUACCCUCCAGACAAGUGGCCUGUGCUGGCCUUCACCGGUGCCCCUGGAAGUUUUCCGGUCCAAGAAGAAAAUCGAGCUCUCCACAGGUAUCUAAAAUGGUCUGAGCCUGUGCGAGCAGCGGCCAUGAGCUUCAUCCACAAAGAGUUGCCCAACGCACCCUUCAUUGGGAUCCAUCUCAGAAACGGCAUGGAUUGGGUACGAGCAUGUAAACACAUUCCAGAAACAAAGAACUUAUUCUCUGCACCGCAAUGCUUGGGCUACAACAACGAGUUUGGUUUGGCAACCCCAGCAAUGUGCAUGCCGAAUAAAGAGAUAAUCAUCUGCCACCUGAGGAAGCUACUUAAGAGCAGCAAUUAUGAGUCAGUUUUUGUUGCCUCGGACAAUAAUCACAUGCUCAAGGAACUUGCAAAUUCGUUGAAGAAGAAUAAAAUUGUUGUUAAAAAACUCGAGCCAGGCAACCCACACAUCGAGCUAGCAAUUUUGGGAAUGUCAAACCACUUUGUUGGCAACUGUAUAUCUUCUUUCACUGCCUUUGUCAAGAGAGAAAGAGACUCAAGAGGACUUCCCUCUUCGUUCUGGGCUUUUCCAGAUGAGCGGACGGCAAAAAAGUCAAUGCAGCAUGACGAAUUCUGAACAUUUGGUAGGUGAAUUUUAAUCAAACAAGUCAUAACAAAGUUUGGUGAAUUCUCUUACUGCUUUUCAUGCCAGAUCUACUUUUCCUGGAAAUAGGUUUAAAUGUUUUAAAAACAAAAUUUAAACCUAAAAAAUAAAAUAGUGAAUUUAAUGAGUCAAACCAUUGUAAAUUUCAUUGCGUUGAAAUAAAAAUUAAACUCAUUAUAGAAUAACGAAUAUCUCCAUUUGACAUUGUUAAAAAGUAUUUAAAGAGGAAUGAUACUGGAAAAGCCUGGAAAAUGCUUGUUGCCAAUGCAUAAACUCGUCCCUUAGGAUUCAGUUAAAGCCUAAAUUGAUCUAGGAAGCGCUGUAAUUUUUCGAGAAAAUUGGCUGGAAAGUUAGCGUGCUUUUCAAAUGGUAAUGGCUGUCUCCUUACUUGAAAUCCGAUUUAAUUUCAAAACCAAGAGUUUCUCCAAUAAGCUGCAUACACCGUUGGACAGAUCUCGACGAGAGGAAUCGGAAUAUGCCAAGAAAAUAUGUUCAAGCACUGUAAAUUUUGGAGAAAAUUGGCAAAAUUUGAAUUUUUAUUGUAGGAAGGGUCGUUUUUUAUUAUUGCAAAUUGUUGAACAUAUUGUUUAUCGAUCAAUUGUUUAUGGCAUCCAACAAUUCAAAUAAUUUUCAAUUGUUGCCCAGUAUCAUUCCACUUUAAGCUAUUUUGAAUUGUUCCAUCAAAACAAAAAUUUUGAUGUAAAAUAAAAAAGCGGAUUGAUACUGCAACAUCCUGGGUAAUCCUUGUUGCCUAAGCAUGAAAUCAUCCUUAAGGAUUCAGUUAUAUCCAAAAUUGACUUAAGUAGCACUGUAUUUUUUUUUAGAAAAGUGGCUUUUCAAAUGGUGAGAGGAUUCUCCCUAUUAUUUGAAAUCCUCGUUAACUUCACAACAAAGAUUUUCCCUAAAAAGUGGCAUACACCAUUGGAUAGAUCUGGCCGAGAAAUAAAAUAUGGUCAAGCGCUGUACAUUUUGGAGAAAAUUUGAAUUUUUACUAUAAUUGCAAGGUCCUUUUUUAAUUGUUGCAAAUUGUGGAACAAAUAAUUGUUUUUCAGUCAACUGCUCUUUGCAUCCAACAAUUCAAGUAAUUUUCAAUUGUCACCCUGCAUCAAUCCACUUAAAUUAUAUGAUUUUUAGUUUAAAAUAAACUAGCUUUCAGCAGGUGGAUGUAGGAGAUAAAUAUUAAUUGUAGGAUCUGCGUAUGUUAGCAUAUUUUAUAAAUCCUUAUUGUUAAGAGGUAAAAAGUCAGGUUGCCAUAAAAUAUAACAAAUUGAAUGCGCUUAA